AUGCGACAAGGCGUGCAGCAAAAAAAACAACAAGAGGUGACGUCACAAAGCGAGUCGUCAGACGGUGACAUCGACUACGUCUCCGAAGGUGGAGAGGGGCACUAUAGGUCACCUAAAAAUAAAAAUAAAAAUAGGUUCUCAAGCCUAGCGCCGCCAGAGCAGCCUAAAGAAAGGGAGAUGGAGGUGACUGAAGCCCCCAACGACAACGAAGCCGAUGAAGCGGAGCUGGCACAAGUGCUGCAGGCAAAAAAGCAGCAAAUAGAUGCCUAUGAGGACCAGCUAAAAAAACUGAAGGAAGAAAUGGAGCCCCUUCUCAGUGCACUGAAAGCCAAAAUAGAAGCGCGCCGACAAAAAGAGGCAGCUGAGAAGGAGGAAAAACAGCAGCAACAAAAGCCCGCUACCAAAAUCACUGGGGCGGAGCAAAAAAUGAAGGCUUUACCAGCAGGGACAGGCCCAAUGCCUGAGGGCCCAUCCACCUCGAGUAAGGCCAAGCAGCAGCAACAACAAGAGCUACAAGCAAGGCAGCAGCAGCAGCAGAAACAAUAA